CAAAGUGUGCGUCUGUUAUGAGCACAAAUCCCAGGGUUCUCUCUGUGUGAUUGUCUGUGCGCCUGCUUUUCCGGCUCUUAGCCUGACUGCAUUGAUUAUUUCCCCAUAAACGGCCGCUCACAAAGGCCAUGGCAAUGCUUCCUCGUCCGCUCCCCCUGUUGCUGACACUAUUACAGCUUGCAGUACUUACUUAUAUGAGUGCUGGGGCAUACUAUGGACACAAGCAACACCCUCAGCAAUACCAACCAAUGCAGCACCUCCAACACAUGGGCAAAGAAGGCUUUCCCCAACAACAGUAUCUUGGCAAAGAAGUACCAUAUAUGCAGUAUCCCCACUACAGGAAGGAGCUACACCCAAUGCCUAUGCACAAGGGCAAAGAAAACCCGCGUAAAGGGGGCGGCUAUCAUGGUGGCCAGGACAAAGGUCAGACAAUCCCAAGCGGGCCUGAGGGAAUUCCCCAAGGAGAGCAAGGCCCUGCUGGGCCACCAGGACCAGAGGGACCCACGGGUCCUCCUGGACCUCCAGGGAUUGGACAGCCUGGACUUGCAGGCCAACCUGGAUCUCCUGGUCCACCAGGAGGGCCCGGAUUUGGAAAACAAGGUUUGCCAGGACUGCCAGGAAAGCCAGGAGAAAAGGGUGAUGCUGGACUCCAAGGAGAAAUGGGCCCUGGGGGGGAAGAAGGGCCAGCCGGCCAGACAGGGCCUCAGGGUCCGCCAGGACCACCUGGGCUGCCAGGAAUAGGUAAACCAGGAGGACAGGGAUUACCAGGCCAACCCGGACCUAAAGGAGAGCCAGGUCACAAAGGUUUGCCAGGACUACCGGGACUACUUGGACCCAAAGGCAAUAAAGGAAUGGGACUACCUGGACAACCUGGUCACAAAGGGCUUACAGGGUCUCCAGGACAGCCUGGCCCUCGAGGGCUAACUGGUUUUGGAAAGCCUGGCUUGAAUGGGGCACCAGGACCACAAGGACCUCCAGGAGAGAAAGGACAUCCUGGAGAGUUAGGACUAGCUGGACCAUCUGGUGAAAGAGGACAGCCUGGCCCACCAGGUCUACCUGGUCAAGGAAAGCCAGGUCAAAAUGGCCUGCCAGGACAGCCAGGCAUGCCAGGUGGGAAAGGUCAUCCAGGACCACCAGGUUUGCCAGGAAAGCCAGGGCCUCCUGGAUUUGGUAAACCAGGACUCCUUGGACCAAAGGGUGAUAAAGGUAUGGAUGGGUCACUUGGACCUCCUGGACCAAAAGGAGAUAAGGGCCACGGAGGACUACCCGGUAUGCUUGGACCCCCUGGAGCAAAUGGUCCACCAGGUCCUCCAGGCUCAAUGGGAAUCCCAGGUGGUUUAGGCGCACCUGGUCCAAAGGGAGACUGUGGAGAAAGAGGGCAUAAUGGGUUAGAUGGAGCCCAGGGUGACCCUGGUGCCUCUGGAAUACCUGGUAAAGAUGGUCUGCCUGGAGAGCAGGGAGAGCCAGGACCAAGAGGCCCACCAGGACCAAGUGGUGCAAAAGGAGACGAUGGACACAAGGGUCUACCUGGUACCCCUGGUUCCCAAGGAGUGCCUGGGCCAAAGGGACAAGUUGGAUUACCUGGCGGUGUUGGUCCUCAAGGUCCUAAAGGAAUCCCAGGAAUGGAUGGAACAGCUGGACCAAUUGGGUCGCCUGGGGUUCCUGGGCCAAAAGGAGAUAACGGUGUACCAGGUCCACCAGGCAUUGCAGGUGUGGGAAAUCCAGGAAUUCCUGGACCUAUAGGACCUCCAGGAAAAGAGGGCUCACCAGGAACCCCUGGACAACCAGGUCAGCGUGGCCUUCCUGGACCGCCAGGCCCACCUGGAGCAUCUGGUUUGUCUCCAGACCUGGUAGGAGUGCUCUCUGAGAUGGGCCCUGGGAUAGAUGGUGUUAAGGCCGGUGGCUAUAGUAAGAAGGGCAGGUAUGGAGGCGAUGGGGCCGAAGUGAUGGGUGCCACUGGUUUGGAAAUGCCAGCGUUCACAGCAGUAAUAACAACUCCCUUUCCACCUGUGGACACCCCAGUCAUCUUUGAUAAGCUCUUGUACAAUGGUCGCCAAAACUACAACCAAGAGACAGGAAUCUUCACCUGUGACCUGCCUGGUAUUUAUUACUUUGCCUACCACAUUCAUUGCAAAGGAGGUAAUGUGUGGGUGGCUUUGAUGAGGAACAAUGAGCCAGUGAUGUAUACGUAUGAUGAGCACAAAAAGGGAUUUCUCGAUCAAGCAUCAGGGAGUGCAGUACUACCUCUAAAACCCGGGGACACUGUGCAUCUUCAACUGCCCUCGGGUCAGGCGUCAGGACUUUAUGCUGGGCAGUAUGUGCACUCCUCCUUUUCAGGGUAUUUGUUAUAUCCAAUGUAAAGCCAUAAACCGCAGGGGGAGAGGGGAGCUUCAGUGAGAACAAAGUGGGAGCAUAUUUUUGUAUAAUAUAAAACAUGAUCAGAAAUCCACUUUCUAUGACUCAGCCGUCUUUGUAAUGUAAAGUCAAGAAAAAUGUUGAUCUUGUCAGCUGCGAUGAGAGGUGAGGGAAAUUUGGAAGUAUGCCGUUUUGCAUGUACAGCAGCUUUUAUACUUUAUAGCCUUAUAGUUCUGGCAAUACAAAAGUAUGUUUAAAAAGGUAUUGAAAGAACACCUCAAAGGUAAAUGUAUUUUCAUGCCAAAAACCCAUUGGAGUGGAAUUCCUAAAAAAAAAUAUAAAGGGAACAUGUGAAGAGUAUACCAAAGGAGAUAAAACAAAACCGUAGAAUUCUGGUUGCACAAAGGCACAUUUCAUUCCUGCACCUCCUCAUACCUGGCAGCUACCCCAUGCAGCAAUGAAUGUGAAAUACUGUAGAUGAUCAAAAAGGCAUAUUCAUUUUGAUGGAAAUCUACAUUGUUUGCAUAUAUGCUUCAGUAUGAAUACAGUUCCUUGAUUAAUACUGGCACGCAUGUAAAAGGAUCUCUUAAGAUUGGCAAUGCAUUGGAAGCAACGCAGUUUGUUUAGAAACUAACACAUUCCUGUGUAACCUGCAAUGAGGAAAUCUAUUGCAGGAAGUUAUUGCGUUGCUCACUAAAAAAUUACCACAUUUGCAGAAUAUAGUUUGAGAGCAUCUCAGUAACCGUACAAUGCCUUAUGAAUACAAAUAUUGGUGGUGACAUAUUGUAGGGAAAUUAACGUGUCACUUGUAAGAGCACAAAAAAUUAUGAAAUGAAAAUAAGGUAAGAAUUCAAUAACAACACGCAUAGUAUUUGUUGCUCACUGACAUUUCCUCCAAUGAGUAAGAUUCAAAGAAUGUAAUAUUAAUUGUUAAAUGUUUUAAUGUUUGCUUAUAGCUUCAUCAGAGUGCAGAUACGUUAGAGGUCAAACAAACACCUCAUAUUGCCUUGAGCUAUAAAAAUAUUAAGAAAUAAAUUAAAAUUAAAUGUAUUCUUACCUACUCUUUAAUCUAAAAUUGGACCGAUUAUAUUCUGUAACUGUUUUGUAGGCUUAAUACAUUUGUAGUUGUAAUGUCGGUAUUCAUAAAAUGAUGUCUGAUUUGGGAAACAAAUUGCGCAUUGAUCUUGAUGAAAUGAAAUAGAAAUGGUCGUUCAUUCCCGCUGGUGUGAUUUGUUUUGAAGCACGAAAACCGAAUAAAGUUCCACAGCAUCCUCGGUGGGUUACAUUUAGUACAUUUCGCAAGUAUUGAAUGUUACUGCAAUUCAUAAACACGGUAAUGUCAAUAAUUUAUUAUUUGAUGUGAUGAUGGCUGAUCACCUGCAAUGACAAGGGCAUAAAGCAUGAUAUAAUUCCAAGGAAAAUAAAUGUUAAUUCCACCAUCCGACUAUGGUGCUAUUACUGUCAUUGUAAGCAAAGAUUUUAUGUCUUGAUGUUUUACGUUUGUUAUUAUUGUCCGUGUUGUUUUUUCUAAAUAAAAUCUGUUUAAUUAAAAAACAAA